CAGACGCGAUCGUAGGCCGCCGGAAGCAAAGGCGUGAGCGCGCGUGCGUGCGUGCGUGCGUGCGUGUGCGUGAGCGGGCGGAGGUCGGAAGCCGGCGCUGCGCAGCCGGGCGGUCGCGGGCCAUGGAGGGUCGCUCGCCCGAGGGGCCGGCGGAAGAGGCCGAGCCGCAGUGCGCCGCCUGGAGCGGGGACAGCGGCACCGUGUCCCAAAGCCACAGCAGCGCCUCGGGGCCGUGGGAGGACGAGGGCGCCGAGGACGGCGCGCCGGGCCGCGACCUGCCGCUGCUGCGCCGCGCCGCCGCGGGGUAUGCCGCCUGCCUGCUGCCCGGAGCCGGCGCGCGGCCCGAGGUCGAGGCCCUGGACGCGAGCCUGGAGGACCUGCUCACCAGAGUGGACGAGUUCGUGGGCAUGCUGGACAUGCUUCGCGGCGACUCGUCCCACGUCGUCCGCGAGGGAGUGCCGCGCAUCCACGCCAAGGCCGCCGAGAUGCGGCGCAUCUACAGCCGGAUCGACCGGCUGGAGGCCUUCGUGAGGAUGGUGGGCGGCCGCGUGGCCAGGAUGGAGGAGCAGGUCACCAAGGCCGAGGCCGAGCUGGGCGCCUUCCCCAGGGCGUUCAAGAAGCUCCUGCACACGAUGAGCGUGCCCUCGCUCUUUAGCAAGUCGUCUUCCUCGAGGCCGCAGCGAGCCGGCUACGAAGCCCCCGUCCUGUUUCGGACCGAAGACUACUUCCCUUGCAGUGAGAUGCCUCAGCUCUGACGCCUGACCGCCGCGGCCAGAAGACCCCAGCCGGGGGCUUACCUCCAGUGUGCAGGGCGCUGCAGGUGGUGCUCAUGGACGUCUGUGAUGUUGGAGUGCGGAGUUUUAAAUUUUACCGUGCACAGACUCUCCUUAGUAUAUUCAUGAUUCCGUGUAGACUGUGUAGACGUUUUAUGUCUUCCAGUUAAAAAAGGAGAGAGAGACGGGGGUCUUGCUAUGUGACCCAGGAACUGGCCGGGAACUCCUGGGCUCAAGUGAUCUCCCCCACCCCGCCUUAGCCUCCCCAGUAGCUGAAACCACAGGGCCCGCACCGCGCCCGGCCUGGGUCUUCCAACUCGAAUCAGAGCUGCUUGGCGACGGCAGGGGGAAUCAGUGAACUGUUCUGUGCACCGCGGCAAAACUGUUAUUUUUAUGGAUUUCACUACACGGCAUUACCUUUUCAAAUUUACAUGUUUGUAUAAUCAUAAGAAAAUGAAGCCAUUGAAGCCUUGUUAUU